UCAAAGUAUAAUUUAUUCACAAUUAUUAUAACAAUUAUAUAAAACAUAAUGGACCAAGCUGAUGAUGAUAACUGUCCACGCCAUACGUGUAUGUUUAUGACAUUACUUCCAUUCUUUUUGGAUUUGCCCAUAGAACAGACUGAAGUUUCUGUACCCCCAUCUCGCUUAUUAAUUGAACUGCAAAUGCCCUUACAAGAUCGAAUAGAUCAACUUUGCAAGCCUACGAGGAAACGAAGAGUCCGUACUGAUGUCAAUACUUUUGCUAAAACGCCAGAUAUACUGGUGUUCCAGAAUUUUGAUCAAUUUAAACAAUAUAAAACCACUAUUACCUUUUUAAAUAUAAAAUCGACUUCGAGGAAUUUGAAGAUUUCUGGCAUAAAUUCUCCUUAUUUUGAUGUGAUUCAACCAGGUGUAGAAUGUGAUUAUAUAAAAGUGGCCCCUGGUGUGAACUUUGUUAUCACUGUUAUAUUUAAACCAACGGAUAUAAGAGAUUAUUUCACUGAGCUGGUUUGUACCACAAACGAAGAAACCUUUAUUUUUCCUGUUUAUGCUAUUGGUAAUCGUCCCUUGUUGCAUUUGCCAGAUGAGAUACAUAUGAGUCCUACUGCUCUGAGAGUAACUUCAGAGAAAACUAUAUUACUACAUAAUUAUGGUAAACUGAAAGCUUUUUAUGUGACCUCAAUUAGUGAACCGUUUAGAGUUGUUCCAGCUAAAGGUUGUUUAGAACCAAAUGCAGUUAUAGAAUUAGACAUCCAAUGUACUCCCAAGACCAAUACAAAUUGUAUAAGAAAUGACCUAAUUAUACAUUGCGGUGAUCUAGAGGUAAAAGUUCCUGUAACUUGUAUGCUGCAACCUGCUGAUGUCUACUUCUUACAAAAAUCAGUAGAAUUUUCAGAAAUUUUCGUGGGAUUACAAUAUAAUAAAACGAUAACUCUCUGUAACAAAAGUCCCUUUACAUUACAAUUUCAGUGGAAAAAAUAUGCAACAGAUGUGCAAGAAUUAGAACAAAGACAACGGUUUGUGGGCUAUGUGAGGCACAUCGUCGAUAUGGAAAAGGUAAAAUCUACUAAAUUAGAAUAUAUGGACGCUAUUGACCAUGAAGGUCAUUGGAAUAUAUGUACAAGUGUUGAGAAUAACUUAGAAGUGGAGGAAGAAAUUGAAUUUUUCUACAAAAGCGAAGUAUUUAGUAUACUUCCUAUGACGGGAAAAUUAUUUCCCCAUCAAUCUAUGGACUUUAUGGUGAUAUUUUUUCCCACAGCCAAUGAAGUAUACCUGAGUACUGCUUAUCUAGACAUAACUGGGAGGCCUGACCGACUACCAGUAAAUCUAUCCGGUAUAGGGAAAGGUCCCAGCGUCAUCUUCAACGUUACCAAAUUGGAUAUAGGUUCAAUUUUUCUGGAAGUAACUCACGAGUAUCAGGUUGUCAUAAAAAAUGACGGUUGUAUUCCGGCUACGGUAGUUUUUAAACCAACAGAUACAGAAUUUGGCGGAAAAAUUACAUGCUCACCUCAAUCUCAACAUCUGAACAAAAUUGACUCCUGCAGAUCGUUUAUUAUUAAAUUCUCUUCUCCAUAUCAAGGGCAAUUUGUCGAAAAAGUUGAAUUUGAGAUAAAGGAAUCUAAAGAAAUUAUUCAUUUUUUAUUAGUAGGUAACGUCGUAUGUCCAGUUUUAAGAACAAAUAUUUCAAGUCUUGAUUUUGGAGAGUUAUCUUAUGGAAAUAUACAAACCAUGGAAAUACAAUUAUAUAACGACUCUCAAGUUCCAAUAGAUUAUACCAUUACUAUAUCAAACAGAGCCUGCAGUCAAGACAAUAACUGCGAGUUUGAGAUUGAUCCACGGUCAGGAAUUGUAGAAGCCUAUGGCGUAAAAACUGUAAAGAUAAAGCUAACUGCUAAUUUACUAGACGAAAUUGGCGAAAGGAUGAUCGUAAUGAUGUACGGGUCCGAAAUGUAUCAGCUGGCAGUACCCAUGAAGUACAAAUGCGGGGUACCGAAAGUAACUACCGAUCCAAGUGAGAUUCUGAUCAAUUUCUGCUUCAUAAAUUACGAAUAUACCAGAAUAAUCAAAUUCAUAAAUGAUACUAACCUGUGUGGACAUCUGUUCUAUACACCUUUGUCGAAACCGAAAGGCAUGAAAGUUUCGCUUGACAAAACUGAUUUUGAAAUAUGUCCAGGUGAUAUAGUAGAAGUAAACUUAACAAUUUGUACAUACGUUCCUGGUUUACACGAAUAUCCUUUAAUGUUUACAAUGAAAGGUGAAGAGAUACCGAAAGAGAUGUGCAAAAUUAAAUGUAACGGUCAAGGGCCAGUAGUAUCGUAUAUUCCAGACGAAUUGAACUUUGGGAACGUAACUUUACUCACGACCAAAAUUAAGAAAUUAAAACUUUUAAAUGAUUCACCAAUUCCGGCUAUUAUAAAAAUAAAAAUACAGCCUCCAGGAGCGAUUAAAUUAUCUCAUUAUGAUUUUGUAAUACCACCAGAGGAUGAAAAAAUUAUUGAAUGUGAAAUGUAUUUAAAGGACAACGUAAAAAUUACAAGUCAGCUCCUACUCAAUAUUGAACAUGGUGAACAACUGUCGGUGAACAUCUUUGCUGAAGGAGUUGGAUACUCAAUUCUAUGCGAGCCGCUCUUACAACCCGAAUAUAGUUUUGGCGCUCAACUAACCCACAGAGUUGCUAAAAUUCUCAUUAAUUUAACAAAUCUUGGAAGAAAGUACUAUCGGUUAUUCUGGACUCAGAAACCAUUGGUAAAAACAUUUAAAGAACUGGAAGAUUUAGGAAAAUUAAUUGAUCAAAAAUCUGUGUUUGAGAUCAAGCCGAACUAUUUAGAACUAGCAUAUAAUCAAUCCAAUUUUAUAGAAAUUUCUUGUGUAUCAAAAAAGCCAGCAGUAGUGGGAGAGGUAUUUUAUUGUUAUGCACAACUUGACAAGACGGUCAGAGUACACACCGUUUUUACAGUUUUGUUACAAGUAAAAUUCGUAGAACCGUAUUUGAAAUUUACUACGAAAAGUCUAAACUUUAUAGAGAGGCACGUUCCUAAUAUUUCAGAGGAAUCACUAUGUUGCUUGACAUACAACGAAGAAGGCGACUUAAAUAUCGAUCAACCAAAUCUGGACCAUAAAUCUGUCAUGAUCAGUGAAGUAACUAUGACAAAUGAAUCCGAAAUCCCACUUCACUUACGUAUACACACUAGCUCAGAAUUUUUCAUAAUGGACGAAGAUGAACCUAUGAAAUGCGUAGAAUAUACUUUGGAUAUUGCUGAAAGUCUAAAUAUUGUUGUGUCUUUUCGACCCGUCGUAGAGAAUAAAGUUUAUAGGAAGCAUUGCGGUAAAUUAACAAUAAAUAUCGAAGAUUAUCCCAACCCCGAAAUUGUUUCACUUAUAGGAGAAGUAUGUUUUCCAACAAUUAAAUUCGAGCCACAGAAACUUGAUUUUGGUUGCAUACCAAUUGAUUCCACUGCAUAUCGGUACGUGGUUUUGGAAAAUAUUACCUUUUUACCGGUAGAUUUUACGUGGGAGAUAGAUAUGGAUAGUUUUCGAAUAACGAAGUUGGAGGAAACUGAAGCAGCAGCAGAAUCUAGUCCAUUUUUACCAAAGAAUAAGACUCCACCUAGUGCGGAAAAUCGGAAAACAAUAUUUAAUUCUGUUAAACCUACACCGGAUUCGGAGCAAAUUAAACCAGUUCAAAGCAAAAUUAUGAAAAUAUUUGUAGAAAACGCAAGUAAACAAGACACAUCAGUACACGUUCAAGCUAAAAAAAGUUUUGCAAGUCAGGAAUCCUCUAUACAACAUUCGUCUUACUCUCAGUUCGAUAAAGUUGAAGAAAGGGCGAAAAAUAUUUUACAAGAGGUAUUUUGUGACAAAUAUGAUAAGGAGAAAAUAGAGUUUUGGAAUGAAAAGAAAUAUAUGCCCGUAGCGGGAGAUUCUUUAAGCCUACGUGACAUUAUUACAAUAGAACCAUGGAAAGGAUGUUUGAGAGCCUAUGAACAUGGACUAAUUAGUAUAUAUUUUUCUCCCCCACCAAAUGUAAUUAUUAACUGCAUUUGCGUCUGCAAGAUUAAUGGAGGGGAAGAAUUAGAGUUUGAAAUUACUGGAUCUUGCUCACAUUUGAGUUUUAAGUUUAACAAAUCAUCUAUAUAUGUCGGAAACAGAUUAUUUUGUGAAAUACUGGAAGAAUCUCUCAUAUUAACCAACACUGGGCAUUACGAUUUUUGCUUUCAAGUUGACUGUGAUAGUCUGGAAAUUUUUCAAGACAAAAAGUUAAAAUCCAAAUGGCUGAACAUAUAUCCAGAUAAGGGCUACUUGGAAGCUGGAAAGGAGAUCCCUAUUACAAUUAGGUACUUUCCCGGGAUUGUAGGAAACAUAAAUGAAUUAAUAUUAUUUGAGAUGGACCAUUUAGAUACCGUAACAAUACCAAUGGUAGGCAGUGCCCUUUUCUCUCAAGUUGCUUUAAGCCUUCCUAGAUCUGAGAUGAACAAAUCGAAUCAAGAAAUAAAUUACACAGCAAUUGCACAAAUUACUGACCAAUACCUAAAAACAAUGAAGUCUAAUAGAGAAAGUUUAGUUAAGGAUGAAGAAGAUGAACACAAGUACAAAUUACUGGAAGAGAAGGGUUGGGUUGUUAUCAGAUAUGACGAUUCCUAUCCAUCUAAUGUUGAAAUAGAUUUGGCGAUAGAGAGGAUGUUUAUAAACGAUUAUCUUCGAAACAACUACAGCCGGCUUCGAUAUCACUCUGUCUCCAGAAAGUAUAAACUAAUUCCUGAUUUCAAAGUGCCACAUUACAAACUGGAUUUUGGUCAUGUUGUUGUUGAUAGACCAGUGUGUUUUACUGUUCUUAUUAUUAAUUACGGUCCAGAACCAACUACAGUCCACAAAAUGAAGUCAAACAUAUCAACUCUCUCAAAUAAUCAGAUGUUCGUCGAAUAUAAAAAUAAAGUACUAGGAGUAGGAGAAAUUGCUGAACUGUAUGUGGUAUUUAAACCAAGAAAAGAGUAUAAAAUUUUUGAUGAUCGGUAUGUCGAGGAUUAUCUAUUUCUGGGAGUAAAUCACGGUGCUAUGAUACCGAUCAUAAUCACUGCUACGAUAUCGUUGCCCAGAUUUAGAUUUCAUAAAAAGUGUUUGGAUUUUGGAGCAGUGAAGGUUGGAAAUGUCUUGAAGAAAUCGGUAAUAAUAGAGAAUCUUGGCUAUUUAACCUGUAAAUGGAAUGCAGAUGUUCAGAGUACAAAUACCAUGAAAAACGCGUUUUAUGUGAUUCCACAUCAGGGUGAAUUAAUCGAAAUGGACAAAGGACUGAUGAAUAUCUUUUUCAUGCCGACAAAAAAUGAAUGCUACAUAUCCGAGGUAGAAGUAUAUAUCGAAGGUACUGUAACGCGUUAUGUGCUUGAACUUAUCGGUCAUGGAAUGAUCCCAAAUUUGGCAUUGCAAGAAAAAAAUAUGGAGUUUGAGUCUUCUGUGCCUUAUGCUGAGCGCAUUGUAAAGACUUUAUUAAUUCAGAAUGUAUCAACGUUUCCAAUUGAGUAUGCCUUUUCUGAUUUUGACGAAACUUACGACAAAGAAAAAAUGUUGAUAGAACUUUUUAUGGAAUAUCACAACCUAAAAAUUUUAUUUAUCCCUGAACGGCUCCCUGGUACUCCACUGUUAAAUAUAUUUGAAAAUACCUAUAACACGUUACUUAAUGAACUAAAGAAAUCUGAUGUAAGUGAAAAAGACGUUGAUACCCAGAUUUUAGAAAAUAUGUCAAAAGGAGAAAUUGUGGGCAUAAUAAAAGACCGUAUCAAGGAGUGGACUCAUACAAUUGAUAAUAACACAACUGAUGUGCAAGAAUUUGAAAAUAAAUCUCUAGAGGGCCUUGGUAUUAUCACCACCAAUGUAUCGAAUACAGUUCCGGAAAUCAGGCAUGGAGUUAUUAUAGUAUUCCAUGGAUCGCCUAACACAGAAUAUUAUAAAGCUGCCAACGAAACUUCAAAAACGUUAGGUAUGACAAUGGUGAGCAUCGACCAACUAAUUUUUGAAGAGUUAUUGCACAAUAAAUCCGAAUACGCUUUUGAAAUCAAUAAGAAAAUCAAUGAUAUGAUUGACAAGUAUGUUGUACCAGAAAGUGAACCAUUAGACGACGAGUAUGACGAGUUAGUUAAAAAAGUUGAGGCAUUAUUGGAUGGGAAAAAAAUCGGGAAAAAAGGUAAGGAUAAGAUGGGAAAGAAGAAGGGAAAUAAAAAUGAGCGUUCAAAAUCUGCGGAUGACGUAAAAAGUAAAGAAAGUAAUAAAUCAAAUGGAGAGAAGGCAAGCACCAAAGCAAGUAAAAGCUCGAAAUCUACCAACAAGAGCGGAAAAAAAGGACAUGGGAAUUCAGGUUCAACGUUUUUGGACAUUCAUCCACAAACAUUUGCAAAUAUACUAAAAGUAAAAUUAGAAAAAAUGAAACCAAUGAUAGUUAUUGAAAGCUUGAACAGUAUUUUUCUUCCCAAUCCUCUUCUGGCCAUGGAAGUUCUUUUACAUGGGAUUGGAAAUCUAAAAUGUAUUAUAUUUGUUUUCCUCUCCCUCACAUUGGAAAAUUAUAUAAACAAUGAAACGGAGAUAAGGUACAAAAAGCAUCUAGAAGAAACGAUGUCACGAGAAAAAGGCAAAAAACAUGUAGAUGCAAAACAUAGUAGAGAAAGAUCUAGACCAGAUAGUAGUAAAAGUAGAAUUAACAAAGUUGGUAAACAUAGAAAAGUAAAAAGUGCUGAUAAUAUCCAUGACAAAGCUGCAGGUGACAACGAAGGAUCACCAGAGAAAAAAAUAAAACCAGGUUCUGCAAUUUCAAAGGAGAAACUAGUAGAUAUUUCGGCGCCGGCAAUUUCAAGACGAAUUGCAAAGGAAAUACCCAAAUAUCUUGAAAGAGAGUUUGCCCUGUCUAAUACUUUACUUUUGGAUAUGUGCGAAUUUGCUGAACAUUGGGAUAGACAACAUGGAGUAAUACUAAAGGCGCCUUUGAUAAAUUCUGUUAAAAAUGACAAGAAACAUAAAAAUUCUAAAAAUUCAAAGAAAGGGAGUCUGCUGCUAAAUUUUACCCCGACGGUAACAGCACUGGAUUUACAAGGAUCAGGAAUACCUAUUUUAAUUAUCAACAAUGCUGGACCGCACAGAUAUCAAAAAAAUAUACCCAUAGUGAUACAGAACUUAUUAAAGAAAACAUAUGAAUUAAAAUCUGCGUUGGAAUUAGUAAACGCCACUUCUUCUGUUUCGAUCAAAGAGUCGAGUAUAAUGUAUUCCGUAUUAAAAAAUGUAAAACGAUUCAAACAAACUCAUUCAGAUCUUUUUAAAAUCGAAUAUUUACCUACGUCAUUAAUAGAAUCAUCUUCAACAGGAAAAUAUUCAGAUAUGCUUCUUCAGACAAGUAGUCUAGUUGCACCAAUAAAAAGUAAACACAAAAGAAAGAAAGGCAGCAUUUCUAAAACCGAAAGAUAUGGAGAAACGUCGGUUUCGAGAUUAAAAGUAACCGAAUCAUCAUUAACUACUUCUCGAGUAGUUUACCCAGGCGAAAUAGUCAAAUACGAAGUUUCGUUUAUGCCCAAAUAUUUUGGGGAGUUUGAGCAUAAAUACAGAAUAGAAAUCAUGGGAUACCCUAAAUCCCUAUUUGUUAAAUGUCAUGCAAUCUGCGAAUUACCCUGCGUAGAUUAUAGUCCAGAAACGAUGUUUGAAAAAUGCACGAGCAAUCUAAAUGAGAAAAACGUAAAUGAUAAUUUUGUCUACUCUCGUCAAGACAUGGUUUUUGAUUUUGGACCGAUUCUUCAAACUUCGCCAAAGACGCCUUCUUACGAAGCCGAUAUGUCCCUUAAAAAUACUUCACAUAUGAUAUGCAAGAUCAACGUUGAGGUAGACGACAACUCACCCUUUCAAGUUACAACCUUAUCCAAUGAAGUUCCACCGGACAAAUCAGCAGAAGUGAAAUUGACCUGUAAAGGAGGCAACAAGGGAGCUGUUGAAGGAUUAGCCUAUAUAACUAUCUCUAAAAAUCCAGUGGUGUUUACUUUACCUCUAACAGCACGGGUAUGUCCUUUGGAAUUUAACGUAAACCCCAAAUCGCUGAUUUUCGAAAAAGUUCCAUUAAAUUAUUCCGUUAAGAAAAUAAUAAAACUUACAAACUCGUCGCCCAUAAACUUAAAAUGGACCUUGCAAUAUUCAGCGCAGCUGAAGAAUAUCUACAAGUUGUCAAAGGACGAAGGAAUAAUAAAAUUCUAUUCAAUCGAUAAAUUUGAAGUUGAAUAUUGUCCUACCGUUGAAGAAGUGAAUUCUAAAGGAAUCUUAAAUUUAAAUGUUUACGAUUUAAAUUGUUCGGACACCGUCCCUUUUCUAACUGAGAGCAUAUCGUUACAGUCUGAUUCUGUCGAAUAUAUUUUGCAUUACAACGAGCACAUUGUUUUGGGAGAAAUAAAGGGCAAAAUAGAGUAUAAAAUUCCUUUACACUUGACAAAUAGUAGCAAAACGUUUGUAAAAUUAGAAGUUGAUAAAAUAAAUCAUCCGACCGAAAAAGAAUUAGAAAAAAUUAGCUCCUUUUUCAAGCUAAGUGCUGAGUCAGAAACACUACUACCUCAAAAAUCCUCAGCAUUACAAUUCAUCUUCCAUCCUAUUGAAGAAUUUGUAUUAGAAGACGUUCCAUUGUAUACUUGUAAAUUUUUGGAUCUUAAUCAACCGGAUGCUGUCUUUAAACAUUUUGAUAUAAGAUUUUCAGUCGUCGUUCAACUCUCAAGAUUCUCUUUAUACCCAGAAAAAGAUAUAUACUUUGGAAUCAUAGAUCUUACCCAUGAUAGAAUUCAGGUAUUAAAAAUAUCAAAUAUUGGAAAAUGCCCUUUUCAGUACGAAAUUUCGUCUAGUAAGCCAGGAACAAUUUCAAGCAGAAAAAAACCUAGAUCGGGAAGUGGUUUACAAAACUCAGCCAGAUCGGGAAAGAGCAGUAACAGAAGUGAUAAAACAAACAACACUAAAAAAUCGAAGGAAUCAAAAGAAACUAAGCUUUCUAGAAAAUCUAACGAUUCCAGAAAGUCAAGAGUUUCCCAGAGUGCAAGAGCCAGAGAAACUGUCCUAAACGUGGGAGAAUUUACCAUCAUUUCAUCAACUGGGUCAGUAGAACCUGGAGCAACCGCGGAAGUCACAGUAACCUAUAAACCCAUUUAUGCAGGACUCCACGAAGAAGUAAUAUAUGUUACAGUUUCCGAACCAGCAAAAGGUUUUCACAAAGAAAAGAUUAUUACCUUACAUGCUGAGGGUGCGGAACCGAGAUUAAUAUUUGAUGAUUACCAAAAAAUGUUUAAAGAAAUUUAUAUAGUUCAAAAUGUUGGAGACCUUCAAACCGCAUCAAAUAUUGGUACAUACAGUUAUUACAAUAUAAGUAAAAAUUCGUUAAACUUCGAUAAUGUAUGUGUCAAUACGGUCCAGACAGCGAAAAUAUAUCUCCAUAAUAUCGGGAAAGUUGCUGCACAAACUACCUUUAAAGUCCCAGACACCAAAUAUUUUGGAGUUAGUCCACUGCUUGCAAGAAUUGAAGCUCAUAGUGUAUUUCCUGUGACUGUUACUUUUAAGCCAGAUUCAAUAAACAUCUUUGAAGGUAAAUUGGAAAUCAGAUAUAAUGGUCGCAACACGAAUGUCUUUGUUUUGGGUCUAUCUGGAAGAAGUUGUAUUCCCCAGGUUCAAAUAACUAAUAUUGAAGCAGAAGAUCAUACCCAUAAAAUUAUAUUUCCUCCUACAUAUCCUCAAGAAUGGGAGUUCAAAAAUGUUGUCAUAAAAAAUACAGGAAUGAUUCCGUGUACAAUUAUUAUUAGUUUAGGUAGCGAAAAUAAUGACUCUCCUUUUUUUAUAAUGCACAGUGAACGGCUACCAGAUCUGAGUACUCCUGGAAUUGACAAAGAAUUAAGCAUCUCUUCUGUGAAUAUCAGUUUGUGUCCGUCAGAAAGUACCAAUAUAUUUGUAUUUUUUAAAUCUAAAUCACCAAUUAUGGCUGAAGGAGAAGUUAAAAUAUUUAUUGUGAAUAAUCCAUACGAAACAAAAAGGCUGGAACUGUAUGGUCAAUGUUAUGAAGGAGAAAUAACCGUCCAUGAUCUACCUGCUUCUAAUCCAUCAGUAUGGAAUAUUAGCCAAAACGAAAUCAUCUAUCACUUAGACUUUGGAUACUCACCAUUAAGGAUAAUUAAUAAAAAAUACUUUUCAAUUAAAAAUCAUUCAAAAACAAGUACUUUUCGAUUCAACUUCAGAAGCGAUGUUCCAAAUCUAGUUUUUCUGCCCAGUAUAGGACAUUUAAAGCCAACAUCUAGAAAAGAAAUUCUGGCGAUGAUAUCAUCGGAGGAACCAAACACUUUACAUAAGAUACCCAUACAAAUGGAUUGUGCAUCAAUUAGUUUCGUUGAACCCAGUGAAAAUGACAUGGGCUGGGAUAACAGACAAAGUACUUUUUCUUAUGUUGGUACUAUCGAUAAACUAUCUACCACUGUUGGUAUUAACGAUAAAAUAUCUACCAAUGUUGGUAUAACCGAUAAAAUAUCUACCAAUAAUGUUGGUACUAACGAUAAACUAUCUCGUGUUGGUAUUAACAAUGAACUAUCUCUCAAUGAGUCCGAAUUAAUUGAUGACAAUGAUAAAAGUUGUCUGGAAGCCGCCAUUGAAUCUUUUACGCAGAAAUAUAUUGGAGAAAACAUGGAAGUCCUAAAGGAACAAAUUAAAACUGCACUAGAGGCUAAAGAACCAAAUAUAAUUAUAAACUCGGACCAGUUACUUUUUGUCAAUUUUUUAGUUUCACUCACUAGUGAUUUUGCUUCAUAUUCUUGUGAUACAAAAGAAUUGGUAUUUCCUGAUACAUAUGUUAAUAAUAAAAGUAACCUUUCGUUGGAAGUCUUUAAUUGUGGUCUAGUUCCUUUAAACUUGGAAUGGACUUUAAUGGAAUCUGUGGAUGAACCAAAAAAUAAUAGGACCGUUGCGGAGAAUGGAGUUGCUUUGGAAAGUACUCAGGAUAGUUCUUUUGAGCAAGAAUUGCGUAUGAAGCCUUUUGUUAAACAAAACUACGAUCAACCCUUCCAAAUCAUUCCUCGAAACACCGAGAUUCAGCCAUCUAUCUCUACAGUAUUUCAAAUAAUUUUUAAUCCAGCAGUGGCUUCCCAAUAUUUUUAUAAACUAAAAUCCAAAAUCAGCUCCUUGCAUCCAGAUCUAAAAAAUAUGGAAUUUUCUGUUACCGGCCAAAGUUUGUUGCCCGACUAUUACUUUGAAUUGGAAGAUAACGAUUAUAGCAGACAUGAAACCGCUGGUAAGUGUUCGAAGAUGAACGGAGAGAACCUGGAGGUUAUUGAGAUUCAUGUUACUGGAAUAGGUGAAACCAAAUCAAAAUCAUUUAUACUUGUUAAUACCAGUGGAGAUAACCUUAGUUAUAAAUUGGAACCGAUUAGAGAAAUAAACACAUUAUCUUACUUCCAUUGUCCUACAAGUUGUGGAAUUAUAGAAAACGAUAAAAAGUGCCAACUUUCAUUUUGUUUUACUCCUCAACAAAUUGGUACUUUUGAAGAGGAAUAUUUGUUUAAUGUUCAAGAAAAAGAAUCAGAAACUUAUUUUUUGGUUGUUGGAAAAUGUACAAAUCCUAAAGUCUACUUUAACACUGCCCAUCUUUGUCUGAAGCCCACAUUGUUGUCAGUUCCAUGUGACGAUAAGGUAUAUUUAAGAAACGAUGAGGAAGAUGAAUUAUGGUUUAAAAUUAUCAAAAAUAGUUUAGUGUCCCAAGAUUGUCUUCAGAAACUUAAAGUUUUUCCUACAAGUGGAUCAAUAAUUCCUAAUACCGACCUAGAAAUGCAAAUUACUUACAAUGCCGAACAAGUUGGAGAGCCAACAUUCUACAUUCAAUGUGAAGUCCAGAAAAUGACAAAACCUCUAACGCUGACUAUAUCUGCCACAUGCCAACCAAUAGAAUGUAAAGUACACUAUCUUAAUAGAGCUGGAGAAGAAAUAUUGCUAGACCCCAAUACUGAAAAUAUUAUUGAUUUAGGAAAGGUUGGCAUAAAAGCCAAGACCAUUCUCCCUUUUUCCAUAGUCAACGAUGGCAUUACAGGUUUCUUUUACAAUUGGAUUGUAAAAAAUAGUAACACUGAAUGUUUAGUCACCGUUACUGCCAAAACAGAUAAGGAAUUUGUUACCGGUGGUACAACAGUUAAGACGGAAUUGUUCAUAAAAACUGGUAAAAAAUAUAAGCUCAACAAUUUUCCAAUAAAGUUAAUGAUUCCAUAUGGUCCAACCUAUAACAUAAAACUUAGUUUAUCAGCAGAAUUCGCCGUGUGCUCUUUUUCUUUUUCAAAUUAUGAUUUUGGUAAUUGCGUUGUCCAGCCAGGAUUAAGGCAAUAUUACGAAGUGCAGUUGGAGGUAAAAAAUCGGGAACCGCAACCAGUAAAAUUAGAAAAUCUUUUCCCAGAAAACGAGAAUCUAACAGUAGACUUUAAACAAAUCAAAAUCGCACCUAAUUGCGUGAAGAAAAUCCCAAUAUACUUUCACCCAAGGUCAGAAGGUUUACACGAAUUUAAAGUGCCAAUUAGUUUAAAGUGUAUGAGAAGAGUGAUUAAGAUUACGGGCUAUGGGGUGAAAGUGAACAUGCAACUAUUAAAACCACAAGAUGCGUUUAUCGAUAUAGGAAAAACAAAACUGGGAGAAACUAGCACGUAUAGCAUGUUCGUUAUCAACAAAACACCAUGUCAAGUUGAGGCCAAGAUUAUAUUAUCGGAUGAAGAUUUACCAGCAAUCGAUGUCGGUCCAGUGGAACUCAUGAGACCCGAAAUUGUAGUACCUGAUGUACCACCACCUACGGAGAGAGAGAACAAGAAGAAAGGGACGACUUCUACGCUUUCUUUAAAAAACAGAAGUAAAAAAGAUAUCAACAAAAAAGCAAACAAAUCUCUUAAGAAAGAUGACAGGGCUCCUAGUGAAUACUUACCUUUAACUCCUAAACCUACACCUUGGAAUGCGUACGAGAAUUUUCAUAUUUAUCCUUCAAAACCAGUAAAGAUAGAUUCUAAUAAGAAGUACGAAUUUAUUGUAGAGUUUAAACCACUUGACCGAAACGAAAAUUAUUCAACCAAGAUAUACUACAAAAUAUUUGAUUACAUUGGUCUACUGAGUUCAAUAAAGGGAAAGUGUGUAGUACCCGAGUUUUCAUUGGAUCAAAACCUAUUAACAUUUUGCAACGUUUUGGUUGGACAUGAAAGAACUAACACUUUAUUGUUAAACAAUACUGGAGACUUUGGAAUUAAGUUUAAAUGGGAUCAUGAAGGAUUGACAAAUUUUAAAAUAAUUCCUACAGAAGGCUAUUUGGCAGCAAGUAGUAAACUGCAAAUUAUGUUUACUUUUAAGUGUGACAGCGUGGGUCAGAUUAUUAGAAAGUGUAAGUGUUUAGUAGACAAUAAACAUGUUCUGAAACUUUCGUUAGUAGCUAAUACAAUAGAUCUACCUGAACCCAUAGAUACCAUCCAGUUUUUUUGUCCAGUUCGAGAAAAAUGUACCCAAAAUGUUUCUCUCACAAACUCGAAUAAGGUACAUUGGCGUAUUAAACCUACAGUUUCAAACAGCAUCUUCGCAGUUCCUGCAGAAAUAUUGCUAGAACCAAAUUCAACAGCAUCGAUCCCAGUUGAUUAUUCUCCUAGACGUAUGACAACUUUGGAUAGCAAUGAUACAGGUCUUCUAAUAUUACCCCUAGACGACAAAGAAAUAAUUUACUCUUUAGUUGGAACAGCCGUAGCACCUUUGCCGGAGAAAAAAAUAUGGAUUGAGAUCAGAGCCAAGUAUAGUCAUUCCCAAAUAUUACAAAUAAGAAAUUGGACGAACAACAAAAUCUGUUGCCAAGUGGAAACGGUUUUGAAGAGCAUACCAACGCUGAAGACUUUGUACAAAGUGUCUGGACUAGAAACUGUUGAUAUUAGGCCAAAUGAAGUUAAGGGUUAUGAAUGGAAUGUUUAUAUUAUCAAUGAAGAAGUUUUAGAUUUUAAUGUAAUUUUUAAAGAUCAAGAUACUGAAGAAUAUUUAUUUUAUGAAAUAACCGUAAAAGUACUUCCACCAGUACAGAAACCGACUAAAGAACUGGAAACAUGCGUGCGACACGCUAUCAAAACCAGCAUUAAACUAGAAAACCCCAUAAAUUUACCAGUCGUCUUUACUUUGAAUGGAGGAUCAACAGAGUUGCAUUUUGACAGGCUCUUUAAUAUGCAACCUUAUACAAAGGUUGAUUUAGAAAUUUUAUAUCUUCCAAUCAAACCUGGUGUCAGUACGCCCGUUAUAGAAGCGAGUUGCAAUGAAUUGGGCUCAAUUAGUUAUCCCUUUAAACUCAUAGCAAGGCCACCACCAAGAGAAAAACCCGUAAAAUUUGUUGCCGAGCUUGGCUUUGGAUGUUUCGAGAAGGCUGUGAUUCAAAAUACGUUUUCCUCUUCCUUGGAAUUAAAUGCAACGUUUGCACAUGCUGAAUUUUCAAUGGAAAAAACCACUACAAUUUUACCAGGAGAAAUUGGUACCAUUCGAAUUAAAUUUGAACCUAGCAGUUUGGGUCUAGUUGAAAGUGAACUUACUUUAACUUCUUCUGUUUCUGGAGCUUAUAUAUUUCCUUUAUUUGGGAAAUGCAUUCCGCCCACCCCAAAAGGACCUUUUACAAUAAAAAGAGGGACACCUACGCCCAUAAGUUUUUUCAACCCUUUUACUUAUGCAGAAACUUUUUAUUAUGACAUUGAUAAUAAAAUGUUUCAAGCAAAAUUGGAAUCAGAAGAAGUUAAAGGAAGGCAGUCAACAAAAAUUAUGGUUACUCACCCUAAGAGUGGCUUGGAUGUGGCUUAUCCCAUCACAGGGAAAUUGACUGUUACUCGCAAGAAUACAGAAGACGACAAACAAAAAGAGACUGUCAAGUGGUCUUUUUAUCUCCAAACUGACAAGUAAAGAAAUCUUCAAUACAAUCUUUUUGUAAUAAUAUUGACAGUCUGAGGACUUAUAUACUGUAUAUUUUUUUGUUAUAUUAUCAUAAAAUGUUUAUUUUUAAUAAAACGUAUACCUACAUA